AUGGAUGAGCUUGGACGGACUCCACUAUACUUAGCAUCAUGGUACGGACAUACCAGUGCUGUAAAGUUGUUGCUCAAGCAUCCAGCCAUCGAUCGUGAUGCAACCGACAGUUUUGGACGAACGCCGGUCUUUCACGCAGGCUUGUAUGGCCAUCUCGACGUAGUGCUGGCACUCUCUGAUCACAGAGUAAAUGGCACCGUUCGCCUACUUGACUUGCCACAGGCCUCCCAUUCCGAAGCCGGGAAUAAGUGUCUUGCAGUUGUCGACUACCUCCUUCGAUAUCAAUGUCCUCAGAAGCGGCGCAGAGAAUUUCCUGGGAAAGGUUCAACCGAUAGACGGGAUGAGAACAGCAAUCCUUUACUGUGGGCAGCCUCUUGGGGCCACUACGAGAUAGUUGAAUAUCUUCUCCACUGUGGUGUGUACCCGGAUCCAAAAGCUGAGUCACUGCACCCGGGCACAAAGGCUGAGAUAUACGUCCCACCUGAAAGCCCACUCCAACUAGCUGCUAGAAACGGGGAUGACAGAUUGUUGAAGCUGCUCCUCCGAACUGGUGAAGUUAAUAUCAAUUAUUGGAAAGAUGACCUCCAGCCAGCUCUAUUUUCGGCUAUCAGGAGUGGUAAUCAGGCUGCAAUUGGACUCUUGCUUAGAGAAGAUGAAGUUGACCUUGGUUAUGACGAUUUCAAUAAUUCAUCAGCCUUGAUACACGCUGCGAACACCGGGAAUCCCGCAAUUUUUAAGCAAGUGCUUGCAACAGGGCGAGCCGCCAUCAACUUUGGCGGAUUUACGGAUCCUUUAGCAAUUGCUGCGCUGCGCGGACACGAGGACAUAGCGAGAUUGCUACUGUCCAUACCAGAAAUCGAAGUCGACAGUGAUGAGGCACUUCGCUGCGCCGCCGAGAGUGGUCAUGCGGGCGUGGUUGAAAUCUUACUCGAAACAGGCAAAGCUAACAUCAACGCACAAGCAAGGUACAGACUCAUGACACCACUAAUGAGCGCUGCUGAUAAUGGCCAUCAUGCCGUAGUCAGUCUGUUGCUUAGUACGGGAAAGGCCGAUCUCUCUGUUCAGGAAAAGAAUGGCGAAACAGCUCUUUCUUUGGCUGGCAAAAGGGGCCACGACAGAAUUGUGAAGCUUUUGUUGCAGCACAUCCGCGACGUCAAUGUCCGUAACCAGAAAGUGGCCUUGGAAGCGGUGAUCUUUGAAGGUGCCUGGUAUGGUCUUGCUGCUGUCGUCAAAGGACUGCUCGAGAUCGCUGAGAACGUCCAGCUCGAUCCCAGGGAUAGCUGCUUGCGCACACCGUUGAUCUACGCCGCCAUGUUUGGGGCCCUGGAUUUCGUCAAAGCACUCCUUUCAUCGGGCAGAACGGUUGACAUUAACGCACAGGAUGAAUGCCUCAGGACUCCACUUUCAUAUGCUGCAGAACGAGGCCACGAAAGCGUAGUUGUGGAGCUGCUGACACUCGGUGAAAAGCUGGAUAUCAACCUCAAAGACUCGGCUGGGUAUACACCGCUCUGCUAUGCGACGUUGCUGGAUCAUACGCGCGUGGCAAAUCGGCUGUGCUCAACAGGUAGAGCAGACCUCGGCGGAGUGGACUUGACGUCCACUCAUUCGCUAAAUAUUGGACAGCCACCAAUUCGCGGCAGCAUCUCUCUGGAGCCCUGGUUCUGA